UAUAAUAGCGGUAUUACGAAGGAACUGGGGCAGUCUUGCUUUGACUCGCGCCUUAGACGUUCCUACCUGAUUUAUAUAUUUUCAUUUCUUCAUUUUUUUUUUUAUUCAAAAUUAUAAUUUCAAAUAAAUUUUUCUGAUUUAGUGAAUUUUCGUGUUACAGUGAGUGUACAUUAUAUAUAUGUGAUUUUUUUUUUUGAGAAUUUAUUUCUAUCAAAAAUAAAUAAGUGUCCCUCGCACGUAUAUUAAACUCCCAUUGGGAGAGAAUUCAUUUGGGAAAGAUGCGGUGGCUAUUAAUUUGCAUACAUAUUUUACUGGUUGCACUACUUUUAUUGUCAGUGAAGGAAGCAGAAGCCUGUUCAUGUGUACCAGCUCAUCUUCAAACAAAAUAUUGCCUCUCUGAUUUUGUCGCUGUGAUUAAAGUCAAAGAGGUAAAAAGGGGAAAUGACACGAGUCCAACUCUUUACAUGGUUAAAGUAAAGAGAGUGUUCAAAAAUUCGCAAGGUACAAAUCUUGUAUUGGAGGAUGAAAUUUACACACCAGUUUCAAGUGCUGCUUGUGGUGUAUAUCUUGAAUUGAACAAGAACUAUGUAGUAGGUGGAAGAUGGGAAUUUGGAAGACCUUUUAUAUCCCUUUGUGGUUUGGUAAUGCCAUGGGAAACUACGACGAAACGACAGAGAAAAGGUCUCAGACAACUCUAUAAAAUGGGCUGUCAAUGUCAAAUUGCCUACACGUCGUUCAAUCGUAAGGGUUCAGUUUUGGAGAAAUCAAAUGGAAAGAAAUGCCUGUGGGAAAGUGAGCCGGGACCAUUGAUUUGUCAGGAGCAACAUGGAGUUUGCCUAAAGGGUCUGGAUGGAUGCUCAUGGUUUCCGUCAGCGUCUUACAAGACAUGCAUUAAAGAGCAUAAACUUAAUCGGGAACAGCGCAGAUCAUAGGAAGUGUGAUUCACGAGCUGGAAAUCAUCCGUUUUGCAAUUUACAAUCGUUUCAGUCAUCUCUCUCUCUCUCUCUAUCUCAACAUUUGCGCAUUUGCUCUUUUAUUUAUCAUUGAGAGACCACUAUAUAGCUAUAAAAUGCGAAUAUAUUUCAAUUCCUCUCUUCAAUGCGCAAAUUUACAUCAUUUUCACUGUAACUCAUUGAGUUCUUCAUUCUUGAGUCUUAAAUGACAGAAUUAAGUGGAAUUAGUUUCAAAGGCAAAACAAAACACAAAAACACAAUUUGUGAAUGUUGGGGGAAUUUUUUUUUUUUUUUUUUGCCUUCUUAAGAUCUUUUUGUAGAGACUAAUUUUCCCGAAUGGUUCUUUUGCGUCUUUCUGGUAGUCGCGAUUCCAGGGAAAUGGAAGCAUUGAGCGAGAAAGAUGAAAGAGAGGAAAAAAAAGGAGGAAGAA